UCGCUUCUCUGACACAACGUCUCGUUCCCUCCAUCGGGGAACGGAGGUUACAUACGUAACCUAGACGUUUGUUUGUACAUAUUAGUAUUCCCUUUAAAGAUAUUCUUUUUUUUUACCAUAUGAAUUCCUCUUGAUAAAAGGAGUCAACACAGAAGAACUAUUUUGACGGUGAAGAAGGUCUAUUUCCAACAUGUCUUUAAAAAAAGUUUGGUCACUAAGAGUAGACUUACAUUCAAACAUAUACAGCUCAAAUAAUAAAAAAUAACAAUUGAAGAACUAGUUGAUGCCAAAUUAUACUGGUUGCAUCUAUCUCCAUCUUGGGCUUGAUCCUUGGGUUAAAAUUACAUUGUAUAUAAGACAUUGUAUAAAUCAUAAAAUAAUUCCAUGAACAAAUGUUCAAAUUGUACAGUCAGUUUCACCUCCCAGGAUUAAAAAGAUGUCACAAAUUACGAUCAGAACAGAGAACAUUUUAUAUUGUGGAAUGAAUGGUAAAGAAAAGACAAGUGUGAACAAUGAAGGGCAAGUAACUUCAUGGUUACUUUUGUAACCUGCGUUCCCUGAUGGAGGGAACGCGACGUUGUGUUGAAUGUAGUGACACAACGUCUCGUUCCCUGAUGGAGGGAACGAGAUGUUGUGUCGAAUGUAGUGACACAAGGGGUCUUUCUUGAGAGCCUUGUGUACCUCUGAACAUGAGAAAAGGCCAAUGAGAAAUUGGCAGACAGAAUUUUCAUGUCCUGCCCCCAGACAUACGGUUAUUAAGGAAAGCAGACGUGCGUCUGUCAGUCAGAUUCCGCUUCUGUCACUCACUCAACGUUGUGUCGAAUGAAGUGACACAAGGCAUCUUCCUUGGGAGCCUCGUGUACUUCUGAACUUGAGAAAAGGCCAAUGUGAAAUUGUCAGGCAGAAUUUGCAUGUCCCGCCCCUGGACAUACGGUUAUAAAGGGAAGCGGACGUGCGUCUAUCAGCCCAGCUGGCGAUGAAGGCGAUUUGGGGAUGACGACGGGCUCGGUUUCGCCAGGUAAAUCCCCUCGAACCACCCUCCCCCUGGCAUGCCCGCUUGCUUCUGUCCGAGCUCGGGAUGAGUGCGGCUCGCCUCGCGGUCAGCUGGCAUUCUCCCUUGAGCCCCCGGAAUUGGAUGACGACAUCGCCGCUGCAUCAGGGAGCGUCACAGUGGCAUCUGAUGCCGAUGACUCAUCUGGGCUGCCACCUUCGGGUUUGCUCUGAGACUGACGCACGGAUGUCCGCUAUAAUUUCCCAAGCCACUGAGAGUGCGAGGCUAGAGUGGAAAUUUCCAGCCCCCCCUCACGGCUACUCUAUCUGUUCCUCGGGUCAGGGUGCCACUCAUAGCCACGACAGUUCUGAAGCUACACAAUCCGUAAGUGCUAAGAUACUGGUUAUAAAAUUAAAGCAUGGGUUAUAAUUAGAGUUUAUCAUUCAUUCCUGUUUUACAGUGCAUUUGAGAGUUGUCACCAUGGAUAAAAAUCUUUUUAGUCUUCUGGCCUCAUUUGACUUGGAAAGACUACACACCACAGCAACUCACAGGUCGGGCAACCAGCUGGACCUCAUUUUUACACGUAACUGUACCACCUCUAAUAUUCUUGUUACACCUUUACAUGUUUCUGAUCACUACUUUGUUCAAUUCAACAUGAUUCUCCCAUCCAUUGUAAAACCGACCCCACCUUUGGUUUCCUUUCGCCGUAACCUCCGUUCCCUCUCACCCUCUCGCCUUUCCACUGAUGUCUCUUCCUCUCUUCCCACAAUAAAUGUAUUUUCCAUGCUUGAUGUGAACACUGCCACAGACACACUUAGCUCUACUUUAACAACCUGUCUAGACAACAUCUGUCCUCUCUCCUCUAGACCAGCACGGACUACACCACCCAGCCCCUGGCUGUCUGACGUCCUUCGUGAACAUCGGACUGAUCUCAGGGCAGCUGAGAGGAGAUGGCGGAAAUCUAAAGAUCCAGCUGAUCUAGCCCAACGACACCACAGUGACCGUUCGAAUCGCUGCCUGUCUGGCAGACAUCUCGGCCUGGAUGAAGGAACACCACCUUCAACUCAACCCUGCCAAGACCGAACUCCUUGUCUUUCCAGCCAACCCGGCUGUUGAACACAACAUCACUGUGCAGCUGGGUCCAACUACAGUUUCGCCUUCCAAAACGGUCAGAAAUCUAGGGGUAACCAUUGAUGAUGAGCUAAAUUUCACAGACCACAUUUCAAAAACUGCAAGAUCUUGUAGAUUUACACUCUACAAUAUCAGGAAGAUAAGACCCUUCCUCUCUGUACAUGCCACACAACUGUUCGUUCAGUCCCUUGUCAUAACUAGACUGGACUACUGUAACGCUCUCAUUGCAGGCCUUCCUGCAUGUGCUAUUAGACCUCUCCAAAUGAUCCAGAAUGCAGCAGCACGUCUGGUCUUUAAUGAACCUAAGAGAGCACAUGUUACACCACUCUUUGUCUCUCUCCACUGGCUGCCGGUUCAUGCCCGUUUUAAAUUCAAGGCCCUGAUGCUGGCAUAUAAAACAGUCACUGGGUCUGCUCCAGCAUACCUUAAAACAUUUAUGCAGAGCUACGUUCCCACCAGAAGCCUCGCGGUCGGCUAAGGAACGUCGCCUUGUCGUACCAAAACAAAGAGGCACCAAAACACUUUCCCAGACUUUCAGUUUCAUCAUACCACGGUGGUGGAAUGACCUUCCCAACUCAAUCCGGGAAGCUAACUCACUCUCUAUCUUCAAAAAACGGCUAAAAACACAUCUUUUCCAAAAGCACUUAACCGGUCAAUAAAAAAAAAAAAAAAUAAAAAAUAAAAAAUAUAUAUAUAUAUAUAUUUACAUUUCUUGUUGCACUUAAAUCUGUUUUGUAUACUAUUAUGAUGAUAGUGAAACUUUGUAAUAUGGCACUUUUUUUGUACCACUGUCUCCCUAAGAUGAUUCGCUGAUGUUCUUCCUCUUUUGUAAGUCGCUUUGGAUAAAAGCGUCUGCCAAAUGAAUAAAUGUAAAUGUAAAUGUAAAAAUGUUGUGCCACUU